CAAAUUAUGUUAAAAAACCAAACGAGUCAGUCGAGAACAGAAACCCUAGAAAUCGUCCGAGUCGAGUUAAUUCAACCCAGCGCAGCGCCGUCUCGCCCCCCGUGACUCGUCCCGCGAAAAAAACACUUCCGUCGAUUCGUUAGCUCAAACUCCUUACCUCGCCCGCCUCCAAUGUGUUCCCACUUCGCCUCUUCUUCUCCGCUCUAAAAAAGGGCUAAUCACGGUUGCAAAUGGUAUAAGCAAAAUGGCACCAACAACGGGAGUAGUAGACCCUGGAUGGGAGCACGGUGUGGCACUAGACGACCGUAAGAAGAAGGUCAAAUGCAACUACUGUGGGAAGAUAGUCAGCGGAGGGAUAUACAGACUGAAGCAACACUUGGCUCGUGUCUCUGGAGAAGUCACUUACUGCGAUAAGUCUCCUGAGGAAGUGUCUCUCAGGAUGAAGGAGAUUCUGCUACGGUGUCGUUCCGCUAGAAAGCUGAGGCACCCAGAUAACAACAAUGGAACUUCUUGUCAUCAGCUUGAGGAUGAUGAUGAUGAUGAUGUGGAGGAAGAGCGCGGUUUGUCUAGAAGAAGCAAAGGGAAGAAGCAAUGUGGUGGGAGUGUUCUUCUUCUACGGUCUUCAGGGUACGUUGAUCCUGGAUGGGAACACGGUGUUGCUCAGGACGAGAGGAAGAAGAAGGUCAAGUGUAAUUACUGUGGCAAGAUUGUCAGCGGAGGUAUUAACCGUUUUAAACAGCACUUGGCGAGGAUACCUGGAGAGGUUGCGCCGUGUAAAGCCGCUCCUGAGGAGGUUUAUGCCAAGAUUAAAGAGAACAUGAAGUGGCAUCGAGCUGGGAAGAGACAGAACGUGCCUGAUGACGGCGCUUUAACGGUCUCUCAGGAUCCUGAGCAAGAUGAUGAAGAAGAGGAGGAACAUGACUUCUAUGGAAGGUAUAGUAAAGACAAAAGAAGAAGAAGCUUUGUCUCUGAAGCAAGAAGACCAAAGAGAGUGAAAGGUAGCUCGUUUACGUCACCGUCUUCAAGCAGGCAGAUAAGAACAUCAUCAUACACUGCCUGCUCAAGAAGAGAAGUCACUUCCUCAAUCUCCAAGUUCUUCCACCACGUUGGAGUUCCAACAGAAGCAGCCAACUCUCUCUACUUUCGGAACAUGGUCCAACUGAUUGGUAUGUACGGAGAAGGGUACGUUGUCCCCUCUCGCCAGCUGUUCUCCGCUAGACUCUUACAUGACGAGAUAACUACUAUCAAAGGCCACUUGAGGGAGUACAGAUCUUCUUGGAUGGUCACGGGCUGUUCUAUACUCGCAGACGCUUGGAUCAACGCAGAAGGGAAGACGAUGAUCAGUUUCUUGGUCUCGUCCCCUCGAGGCGUCUACUUCCACUCCUCUAUCGAUGCAACUGGGGCGGAAGAUUCUUUAAGCCUUUUAAACUACUUAGACAAACUAGUCGAAGACAUCGGCGAGGAGAACGUGGUUCAGGUCAUCACGCAGAACACAGGAGUGUGUAGAAGCGCUGGAAAGUUACUCGAAGAGAAGAGGAAGAAUCUUUACUGGUCUCCCUGCGCGAUGCACUCAACUGAACUCGUUCUUGAAGACAUCUCAAAGCUCGAACACGUCUCCGAGUGCUUGGAGAAGAGCCAGAGAAUCACAAGGCUCAUCUACAACCAGACCUGGCUUCUCAACCUCAUGAAGAACGAGUUCACGCAAGGGGCAGAUCUUCUCAGAACCGAAACCACCCGCCACGCCUCGGGUUUCGCCACUCUUCAAACCCUCAUGGACCACAAGGCCAAUGUAAAAGCUCUGUUUCAAUCCAACAGCUGGAUUCUAUCAGCAGCAGCCAAGUCAGAAGAGGGGAGAGAGGUGGAGAAGACCGUGUCCAGCGCCGCGUUCUGGAAGAAGGUUCAGUACGUUUUGAAGUCUGUUGAUCCGGUGAUGCAGGUGAUCCGCAUGGUUGGCCACGCUGGGGAGAGACUGUCUUUGCCGUAUGCUUAUGGAUACAUGUGCCGCGCCAAGAUGGCGAUCAAGUCUGUUCACGGGGAUGAUGCGAGGAAGUAUGGACCGUUCUGGCGUGUGAUAGAUUACCACUGGAACUCGUUGUUUCAUCAUCCGCUCUACGUUGCUGCUUAUUUCUUCAACCCUGCUUACAGAUACCGUUCUGAUUUUAUGGCGCAUUCUGAGGUUGUCCGUGGAGUUAAUGAGUGUAUUGUUCGGCUUGAGCCUGAUAAUGCGAGAAGAAUCACAGCAUUGAUGCAGAUUCCGGAAUAUACUUCAGCUAAAGGUGAUUUUGGAACGGAACUAGCCAUUGGGACAAGAACAGAGCUUGAUCCAGCCGCGUGGUGGCAACAGCAUGGGAUAAGCUGUUUGGAACUACAGAGAGUAGCGGUUAGGAUACUGAGCCACACGUGCUGCUCCGUUGGCUGUGAGCCUAAGUGGAGCGUGUAUGAUCAAGUCAACGGUGAAAGCCAGAGUCGUUUCGUGAGGAAGUCAAGGAGAGAUGCGGCUUACGUUCAUUACAACUUACGGCUCAGAGAGAAACAGCUGAAACGGCGGAUGCAUGAUGAUGAUGACGAUGAUGAUGGACCACCACCGAUUAGUCUUAACUAUGUUUUGCUCGAUCGGUUGCUCCCGGACUGGCUCGUGACUUCUGAGAAAGAAGAGGAGGAGAAUUUGCAAGAUGAAGACCGGGACGUGGAGGAGGAGAAUUGUUACGACCAUUAUGGUGAUGGUGAAGAGAAUGUUGAUGUUUACAGUGACGAGGAUUAGUGUUUUACUCUAAUGCUGAUAAAGCGUCCCUAACAUGUAGCAAGCUGCAAGCAAAAUGUGUAUUUUGAAGUUGACCGUUUGAUAUAAAUUAAAAAGUUU